AUGUUUAACAGCAGGAAGUGGAUUGAUGGUCCUUUUGUAAAAAGUCAUGAAGACAUAGGGGCUCGUGCAAUUGUUCUAUUUGAAAAGAACUUUUGGAGUGAUGUUGCAUUUUGUGUGAAGGGUGUGAUGCCAUUAGUGUGUGUUUUGAGGGAGGUUGAUUCGGAGGUAAGACCUGCUAUGGGCUACAUAUAUGAAUUAAUGGAUGCCGCAAAGGAGAAGAUUGUAUUUGAAUUGAAGAAGAACCCUAGACAUUAUCAACCAAUUUGGAACAAAAUUGAUGCAAGGUGGACUCCUCAACUACAUCAACCUUUGCAUGCUGCCGGAUAUUUUCUAAACCCUCUACUACAUUAUGAAGACAACUUCUCAACUGUUUUAGAAGUCAAUAAAGGAUUGCAUAAAUGCAUGGAUAUAAUGAUUUCAUUGGAGGAUCGACUAAGGGCUAAUAUCCAAUUGGAGAUGUUUGAUAAAUGUCUUGGAGAGUUCGGAAGUAAGAUAACAAUACAUUCCGAGAAGCUAAGAAGUCCAGCGAGUUGGUGGGAGCGUUUUGGAGAGGAAACACCUGAGUUGACAAAGUUUGAUAUCCUUGUACUUAGCCUAACAUGUAGUGCCUCUGGAUGUGAGAGGAAUUGGAGUACCUUUGAGUCGAAAAUGAACCGACUUGAGCACAAAAGAUUAAAUGCAUUGGUUUAUGUCAAGUACAACUCUUUACUAAGGGAAAGAAACAUUAGAAGACGAGUGAAGAAGCUUGAUCCCAUUUUAGUGGAAGAAAUUGAUUCCGAUGAUGAAUGGAUACCAGAGGUGGAAGAUCCUAUAUUGCCAGAUGAUCACUCUUGGCUUGAAGAAGGUGUGUUUGAGGUGGAAGCUAUAAGGAAUGUACCGAUUGAAUGUUAUGAACAAAAUUUGUCAAUUAGAGUUCCUAUAUGUGUAGAGCCACUAGAUGAGCCAAUAAUAGAUGAUGUUCCUUUGUUGGAUGAUGACAUGAGAUUUGAUGAGCCCUCUUACGCACCUUCUUCUAAAAGGAAGAAUGUUGAAAGCUCAAGUAAGUACUUUCUUAUUCAUCCUCAAGUUAUUUAG